UCGUGAGCAGACGGAGCACUGACUAAGCGAAUGAGAGACCGUCUCAACUCUCAGAGUCUUUGCAGUCAGCGAUGGGCGGACUGGAAUCGUACCAUGGAAUUUCAACGCUCCAAUGGAGAAUCGUCCAGCGAAUUCUUCUGCAGCCACAAUCGUGGCAACUGGUCUUCUGUUACUCUCCAAGGUUGAGACCAAUCCCGCGCACAAGAAAAUAUGGUCUACUGCUGCUAUCGAUAUUUUGAACAGUAUCAUGUCGCCGCAUGGGAUCCUUCCUGAGAGAGUUUACUAGCAAACGGGAUGGUGAAUAAACCUGCGAAUGACUACCUGACUGGG